AUGUGGGUUGAAAAAAAAGUGGAGUUACCAGAGGAUGAUCAAGAGGUUGGUCCUAUGCCUUUGCAAUUGAAUGAUAUUAAGAUGAACGAGCGUAGUUACGGCGGAGCGCUUAGGGCUGGUGAAGGUACUGCGAUGGCAGCCUAUGUGCAAGAAGGCAAACGUAUUCCUCGUCGUGGAGAAAUUGGCCUGGAAAGCGAACAAAUCCAGAAUUAUGAGAGCGCAGGAUUUGUAAUGAGUGGCAGUCGACAUCAACGCAUGAACGCUGUGCGUGUUCGAAAGGAAAACCAAGUUAUCAGUGCAGAAGAGAAGCGAGCCCUCAUGAUGUUCAAUCAAGAGGAGAAAAUCAAAAAAGACAACAAGAUUAUCAAUGAAAUGCGAGAAAUGGUAGCAUCAAAACUCCGAUCCACUGGAAACUCAAGUUCAUAUUAA